AUGGGCGCGGUCCUUGCUCGGGAAGCCAAGGCAGCCUUAGUGGCUUGCGUAUGGCAGGCUCAGCUUGCCCUAUCGGCAGUCUCGGUGCUGUCACAUCAGACUGGACAUUUGGUGUUGAGGUUGCGUGACCAUGUUGUAAUUGACGAACGCGAGCUCGUCGCUCGUCGUCCGCGUCCUCAAAGCAGCUGCUCCUCAAUGAGGGGACCUGUUUGUCCCGAGCUGGCUCCGGCUUCAGGUGAGGCGGAGGGUCUGGUGGACGGCGUCUUGUCGCAGCACCUCCGCUUGGCUCAUCCAGAAGCCUUUCGUUGGGAUUGGGUCAGUGAUCAAAAGGUUGCCUCGGCCGUCUCCAAGCUUAUCCAGGACCUGACUGCAGGCUCUUCCCAAGCUGGCCUCGUGAAUUUGACUUUGGGCCACGAAUCCUUUGCUGGCGCACAGAAACGGCCAGCGUCGAGAUCCCGCUGCUUUGAACUGGCCUUGGGACGGCUACCUCCUUCGCAGCGCUUUGGGCAAAGCAUCCCAGCAGACUUCUCCAGAGGCUUUCCGAUUGACUUGAAAGUGAGCUGGGAUGGAGUGUGGCGAGUAGUGGCCUGUCCAUACCCCGCCGAUCCCGCGACUUCGCUUUAUUUUGGUGAGGCUCCCCUACGUCACGGCCUCUGCCUCCGAGCCGGAAGCUCCAGGCUUCGCCUGUCGCGGCCCACAGUCGUGCGACGUUUCGUCGUCGGCAUCCCGGAUGCUAUCUCACGCUCACCUGAAGAUUGCAAAGAUGGCUUUGUCUGUGGCUUGCUGGAGGGGCGAGAAAGAUGGUGUCGACGCUUGGAGCAAGUGGCCAUGGAUGCCCGAGCUUCCAAGGCACAUGGCGCAGGUCGUGGCAUGUUUUACAGUGAUGUUGGCAACAGUAUGCUUGCCGUGGAUGAGGUUUCCCUCAUCAGCAUGCCUUCGACUGGUCUCGUUGUGGCUUCCAUAGCCUUGUCGACCGCGCCCUUGCAAAAGGAGUCUGAGGAAGAACGUGAGGUUCUCCUUUUGCAUCGGCCGCCGCCGGUUCGGAACAACGAGCCGAAGAUUGCUCGGCCUCCUGGGCUUUUCGAGGGCACGCUGGAAACCGUCUCCACGGAUGCUGCAGUCUGGAAUGCGGAUGAGAUUCUGUCGCAUGGCCUUCGACUCAGCCGACGUGUGACGUUCGUGGAUCAGCUCACUCAGCGCCCGCCUGCAGAACUGAAGCCUCCUCCUUCGGCCAAGGACAAGGAAGAAGCGGUGGCAGAGCCGACUGCAACCUAUGCUGCUUUGCAGGAGCAACUUGUAGAGGCAUUUGCGGAGCUGGCCCAGAAGCUUGCGGAUCCAGGGACCGAGGUCCUCACCGGCAGUGUGGUUUACGAAGAUCUCAACACGGAGAAGGUCGGGGAGCUGGCUGAAGACCUUGCGUCCAAAAUGACGAAGAAACUUCAGGAACCCGCUGAGAGCCCAAAAGCGUUGCAAACUCAGCUCAAAAAACAGUUUGCUGAAGCGCUGGGCAUCCUCUUCCAGCAAGGGCAGGAGAACUCUGAGGACCGCCUGUCGGGGUUUGGCGCUUGA